CACACAUCAAGGCAUCAGCAUAUAUACAGGAUCGGGUUUUUUUCUUCUUCUUCUUUCAUAUUUGGGGUUCUGAACUCUGAAGCAUCCUCUCAUAACCGGCUUUGCUUGAUGUCUGUUUUUUGCUUAUAUCUAAACAUAUCACAAGCUAAUCAUUGAUGUUCUUUGUAAAUAUAAAACAUAAUCUGAUCAGAAACAGGAAUUUCUGGGGUUUAAACCCAGCAAACUCUGGCAGUUGGAUAUGGAAGAAGCUGUGUAAACUGCGACCUUUGGCCAGACCCUAUCUAGUGUGUCAAGUUGGUUCUGGUAUCACAGCGAGCUUCUGGCAUGAUAACUGGACGGGCCUCGGUCCUCUCAUUGAGCUAACUGGCCCUCUUGGUCCUCAAACUUCUGGCCUUCCUAUUAUGGCGGUGGUGCGAGACGCUAUAAGAGGACAGUCAUGGUGGAUGUCCAGGAGCAGAUCGAGGAACACUAUCCUCACUAUGUUAAAGGCAGCCUUGCCUAAUCCAGAGAACUUGAUUGAUUGUACGCAUGAUGAUUCCUACUCUUGGAAACUGGAUAAUCAUGCUCCCUCAAACGUCUUCUCUGCUGCUAAUACUUGGCUAUCCUUACAUCCUCAUGGUCCUCAUGUCUCUUGGCAUAAAAUGGUGUGGUUCAAAGACAGGAUUCCAAAGCAUGCUUUCAUUAGCUGGGUGGUGGCUUGGAACCGUCUUCACACUAGGGACAGAUUAACCAGUUGGGGAAUGCUCAUUUCGCCCCUUUGUCCUCUUUGCAACACUCAGAACGAAUCAAGGGAUCAUCUCUUUUUCCGGUGCGACUACAGCGACUCAAUUUGGUCAUUCUUCACCACAAGAAUCAGGUUAUCUCCUCCUCCUGUUUUCAUGGAUUGUCUCCUCUGGCUUCACAACGCCUCUCGGAACAAGAACAUUUCCUACAUCACCAAGUUGAUCUUUCAAGCUUCCAUCUACCUUAUCUGGAAGGAAAGGAACUCUCGCAUCCACACGGGGUUCUCAAAACCUUCAAGUAUCAUCAUUAGGGAGAUUCAAACGACGAUUCGGGCACGCCUUGAUCCUCUUUCAAGGUCUCAACGAGUUGUUCCUCCAGCUUUGUCCUUGCUGGAAACUUGGUUCUCUCUAUUUUAGAGAAAAAAAAAAAAAAA